GUUUAGUAUUAAGCAAGCAGUUAAGUUGGAUUUAUACAAUCACUUGCGACUGGUCACACUGCUCUAAAUAAGGGAAACGUGAUUAUUUGAAGUAACAUAGUUAUUUUAUUAAAUUUACUUUACCCUCAACUGAAUUUGAAAUGGAAAUGAUGCAAGGAGCAUCGCUGCUGUCGCGGCCAGCAGAUGAAUUCGGCAACGACUCGCUGGUCGAGGAAAUGUGGGCAUCCAAAGCUCUGGAACACGCAGAGGUUCACUUCAAUCUCAUCACCAGCGUCCAUCCCUCCCAGGUGAAACUAACGCCCUACGACGACCAGAUAUAUGCCACCUUCCGGCAGGAUUUCCCCGAUCUCGAGGUGGGCCGGCUCUCCGAUGACAUACUCAAAUCCGCCGUGGAGAAGCUCAAGUGGCGGCAGUUCGCCGAAAAGUUCAACAAGAUGGACGACUACUCGUACGGCACCCUGAUGCGCGCCGAUGCCAGCAAGGAAUUCUCCCCGGACAACUCGAUCUUUGUGUUCCGCGUCCAGUUUCUGGCCAUUGAGAUUGCCCGGAAUCGGGAGGGUCUCAAUGACGAGGUCCACGCAAAGCACAGGCCAGCCAGAAAGAUCCCGGAGGAGGCCCAGUAGUCCGCCACCGUACUUUAGAUUAGGUCGUAAAGUUUAAAUGCAUUUUUAGAUGGUGUUCGUCUAGCUACUAUUGUAAAGAAUCAAAAUAUUUUCCUAAAAAAAUAUAAAGCAAAAUUCUAAAACAAUGAUUACUAAAAAUAUGCUAUUCUUUACACAAGAUCAUCAUAUUCAUGAGGUUUUGGUAGUUUAUAGCUUAAGAAAGCGACAAAAAAUAACUGAUUUAAAGGGAGUUUUUUGGAGCGUCAUUUGAAAAUAAUUAAUUUCAAUUGCAGUUACAUGAAUUCCUUUAAGGAAAGGAUUUAUUGAUCUGGAUAGUUUACAACUUAUCAAAAGUAUUUUUGUAAUAAAAUUAAUAGGCAAUACAAAAUAUACUCAAUCUUAAAACUAGUAA